AUGACGCACGAAAGCUCAGCACGGAGUCAUCGGGGUUGCAGGACGGUGAACCGAGGUCUUCUUCGCACAGUUCAACAGACAAAAGUCCAAGGCUACCCUGCUUCGGUAUCCGGUGAGCUCAGGUCAAAGCCAACCUGUAAUUAUCCUGGUGCCCCCUAUCGCAUUUGCCCUAGCUUCGUGCCUGAGACAAUGGUCUCCAAUAUCACGCAGCGCCAUUUCCAUCCAGCCUUUACGACGACUUUCUGCCCUACACUGUUCUGCCUUGUCCUUCCCUGCCCUUUCUUGUCUCUUCCUGCCCUGAUCUGCCAUGCUCUUCCUCGCCCUACUCUCCCCAGCCCUGCCCUGCUCAGCUCUGCCCUGUACUGUCUUGUUCUGUCUUGCAGUGAUCAGCUCAGCUCUGCUCUGCUCUGUUCAGCUCAAAUCAGCUCUGCUCUACUC